UUCUUCCCUUUUUAUAAACUUCUUCCGUCAUCCGUUUUCUUAUCCCUUGAAUCAAAGAAGGCAAAAGCAGUGAGGUGAGAGAAGCCAUGGAAGUGAUUACUCAGAGAUCCGCGUCGACAUUGAAUCCUGACGCUCCGAUGUUCGUUCCUCAGGCGUAUCGUACGGUGGAGGAUUUUUCCGAUCAGUGGUGGGAUCUUGUCCAGUCCUGUUCCUGGUUCCGCGAUUACUGGCUCCGUGAAUGCUUUCUCGAUCCGGAAAGCGAUCUUCUCUUCCCCGAUGUUUACGAUUUUCCCAUCCUCCCCGAGGAAGACGACGAGGAUCUCUUCUACGAGCACCUCGAUCGCGAUCACAGAGAGGAGGAGAAAAGAGUGGUGAAGAUCGGUUGGUUAGGGCGGAGGAAAGGACGAGGUGCGGCGGAGCCGCCGAAGUACGCGGAGAAGGUGGCAAAGAUGGUGAAUGUGAGGGUGAGCCCGAGGACGAUUCAGCAGCCUCGGUAACUCGGCCGAGUCAGUUGGAGCUCGAUCUUGUUGCAGAGUAGUAUUUUCUUUUUUUUGUGGAUUUCUGUGUAGAUUUGUAGCCAUUUCAGGCCUUUAACUUCAGCUCUGCAGCUCGUUGGACUUUGUACAAACCAAAUAAAUAUCAAGAUCCGAUCCUCUUUCCCGUUUGUAUGUUUUCCGAUGACGAUUUGAAAUCAAAUUGGUAUAGACAAGUAUCUGUUUCA